CACCAAAUGCGUACAACACUACUGUGCAAUGUUGGUUUAAGGAAAUGAAGAAAAAUAGCGGAAAUACUGAGAGCUUUUUGGCUUCAAAUCCGUAUACAGACGGGAGGCGGAACCAAGUUGUCCAGAGUAUAUACAGUCUAUGGUCUAAUAAAUAAACACUUUCAUUUAAACAUGCUAAAAAUUAGUCAUCUGCACACUCUGUAGGUUUGGUAUGCCCACAUAGCCAUUUGCCCUCCCCGCUCUUCUCUUGCUCUUUUUUUUUUUUUGACAAGUCCUGUCAAUUCUGAUGCCGAAAAACAUCCCAGUGACGGCCAUAAGUAUGUUAAAAUCUUCGCCUCCCCUUAAACAAAAGUGUUUAACUCUGUGAUGGAUUUUCUUAUAACCUGGAGUUCAAUGGCGUUCAAGCUGUCUAAUCUUCCCCAUGCAAACUGAGUGACAGUGAAGAGGACAGUAAUGAUGACACUUUCUGGAAGAACCUCAGACCGUCACGCUCCCGCUCAGAAGUCCAUCAUGUAGCUGCACGACUGCAGACAGCCCGUGCCUGCCCAUGUUGCAUGCUCCAGUUUCUUGUUUAUUUGCUUUCCAUUUCUGUAAGAAAGUAAUUCCUUUUUUUUUUAUUUUCGGACAUGGUAAGAGUAAACAAGUAGUUCCUCCAACAUUGCGCCACACCCUCUCAGCACAAUCCACAGCUCUUAGAAGUGUUUUUAUGCUGAUGGGUGCCGGCCGAGCAACUUAUUUGUUUCAGAUAUUUUCCCAUGGCAAACAGAGCGAACACAAAGGCUUCGUGGUGGCCUUGGGAAACCACAGGGUAGGCGUACAUGAGCCUCCAUACUCACCCUCUUUUGAAAAUGAAAUUUAUAGCACCUCAUAAAAUCUCUAUUCAUGCUUAUAAGCACUAAAUAUAAACCAGUAUAAAACAGCAGGGUUUCACUUAGCCCUGUUAAACUUGACCUAAUGGAGCGUUGUGUCCGGCUGAAGGCAGGCCAUCCGCCGGUUGACCCAGCCGCCCUGCUCUUAACCGAGUCAAUCCCACAGCAAAGACAGUGGCUUAAACUCUGAGGUAGACCUAACCUUCUCCUCGCUCAGACACGGGGUAACACAAGGCCUUUGUUUUGGUCAGUUGUUGACAGAAAGGUCAGGAAACUCCCUCUCCACAGAUUUUUUGUCGCCAAGAAACAGCACUGGAGUUUCUUCAAUUCCAAUCUAUCCUAGUUGCAGUUUGAUGCUGGUUGAAACCCAGAAACCCCUGAGGGAACAGAUAUUACCCAUGAUUUAUGAUUGGGUUUUGGCGUAUGCCUAUGAUUACGAGGGCAUAUGAUUUACUGAUGGAAGCGAAAAAGUAAAUAAAUGGAGUGUUGGCUGUUAUGUAAAGCUGCAUCCAGAUUUGGGACCUCACUCAUUGUGUGUGUUAGCCACUGUCAGACCCACGGCUGGCACAGAGGGCUCCAGCGGCACCCCUCUGGGUCCCUGUGGUCUGCGCCUCUGCACAUAACAGCCACUUAGGCCGGCAUUUUCCCAGGCUGAGACAACACACCACGGUGGCAGCGCGAGCCACAGAGAGGGCCUGAUUAAAGAGUAGGGACAAUGGAGGGAGAGAGACCGUGGUGGCAUUUUCCAUCUCCGCCACUGUCUCCUGGGGGGACCAAGUAUGUGCCGUGAAACGUUUGAAUUAUCCCAGAAUCUCUGGAAUUCAGACAGAGGCACCGCGGAGAGGACCCUCGACCGGGGAUCAAAGAGCUUUGAGAGGAGUGCGGUGGACUGGUGGUAAAGUCGAGUACACAGGGUAUGAAUGUGUGUGAGUGUGCAUGUGUACUUGUGUGUUUCAUAAAACUGACUUGAAAAGAUAAAGGCUAUUUGAAUUUGAAUCAGAUUUUCCUACAUGUCUAAAAAUGUCUUUUUAAAGAAGCCAUGUUGGACUUCUGAGGAGGUAGUGAUCGCUGCAAUGAAAUGCAGGCGUGUGGUGUGUGUUUGAGUGUGUUGCUGUCCUUUUAUCCCUCGUGGGAUCAGAUAAUGCAAUCACAGCCAAUCAUUGGGAGUCUAAUACAGUGGGCGCCCCUCUUUAGUUCGGAGACGCCACUCUCCUCUGUGGUGGCAGAGGAAGAGGAAGAGAAAAGCGAGAAGGGGAAACCUCGUCUUUCUGUCUUUCUCGCUCUGUAAUUAUCACUUAAUGUUCUUCGCUAAUCUGAAGACGUCUGUCUCUUUUCUGCCCUUUCUUCCCUCGCCGGAGAGGAAAUGUAUAACGGUCUGAAAUAAAUCUGCCAACCUUUAUAUUAUUGUAUAUUUAGCCCCAGAACAGAGUUGUAAAUGGAGCCGUCCCAGACCACAAGCUUCCGGUAGCGCAGGGCCUCAGCGCUGGCUGGCUGUCUCUGCCACAGCCAAGUCCAAGAUCAAAGCCUCCUGUGCUAUAUACAGUUUGCUAGUUGUCCUCAAGCGGUGACCUCAAGCAAGUUUUCAUGUCUGAGAAAGACAGCUUGUGCUUGGGUUUGAGCUACAUGCAGAGCGCAUGGAAUAAUUCAUUACACAAGUUUGCCCUGCAGCGAGUCAGUUUCUGCAUCAACAUCUACUGUGUGUCCCUUUUUUAGAUGUGUGUAAGAAAUUUUGUGCCUCCUUUUGGCUGAAUUUUCAGAUGAACCAAAAAAAAAACUUCACUUUUUUUGGACAAAUGGGAUACAGGCAAUAAGCCAUGAAAGGGAUAGUCCUUUUGUUUAGUGGUUUUGUAUGAGCUUCUUGUCAAUAGUUUGUGUAUCCACAGGAGAUUCUGACAUCUGCUCUUGUUGUUGAGAAACCAGACGGAAAAUUGACAUCGAAGCUGAAAACUGAUGCAGACGGGGUCAGUUUGUCAGAGAAUCCAACCUGAGCAUCAAUGCUGGUGUAAGUGUAGGUAAUGUCUGAAAAUUUUCAGCGUAUGUAUUUGUCAUCAGGGAUCCCCCUUGAUAUGCAACUGUUCAUUGGCGUGACACAUCCACCUGCAGCGCACAGAUCAGCUGUUCCAGUCUGCAGACGACAACACAACCAAACUAAACUAAGAAGGAUUGUGACUGUGAUAAUGACAUGUUUUUUUAAUCAGAUUUUGCAGAGGAGAAUUGAAACUGAACACACAAAGAAGAGAGAGGGAGAGUGGGGGAGAGUUUAAGAGCAGGAGAGAGAGCUGACACAACCCUUCCUCACAACCCCAGAGAGCUGCUGCUGCUGUGAGAUUUGAAAACAACCUUUCGGACCUUUCUGAAUCAGAGGAUACCAGCGGCUCAUCACUUCUCUGAGUGCUGCUUUUUAACCAAUUUUCUUUAUUUCUUUAAAUGCCGUAUCAGAAAACCAAAAAAGCCAGAUUUGUAUUCAAAGUCCUGCUUUUUUUAAUCGUAAAACGACACAACUCAUAAUCCGAACAAUACCUUCACAUUAUCAAAAUAAACUGUCGAAGCUGCUGAAGGGGAAGGCUGACCGGAAAUAACAAACUGCAGCCAUGAGAGUGUCAGCCAGAUAAUGUUGAGAUUUUGUUGGUUAAUAUUAAGUAAAAAAGGGGAUGCAAAAUAUUAUUUCAAAAAUGUCUGGUACAGACAAAACAGACAGUGACUGAAAUGACAAGAGGACAAUUGCUAAUGCAGUGGAAGUACCAGAAAGCCAAGCAGCAAUCAAAAGUUGGCUUCAUUUGACAAGAUUGCAGGUUCUGUGAGUCGAGACUACAGCUACAGGUGAAAAAAGUUAUGUACAGUAUGUGGUGUGUGCUGUGUUCAUCAUGCUCUUGUACACCAUCCACUAUAGGAACAAAACUGUCGUAUCUGUUGUCCUGUGUGGGGUCUAUGAUAUCCUCAAAAUGGGUUGUGAUUUAGGGGGGUUGCAAGACACUGAUGGAGGGAUUUGCAAUAUGCCUUCCACAAAGACAAAAAAAAGUUUUUGUUUUUUUUAUCCAUAUCCAAUAACAUACAGUAUGAGCAUAAACAGCUAUGAUAUGAAGUUUAGAGUGUGAUUUGUUGUUAAUCUGUUUUAACACCAAAAACAACAAGAUCAAUUCCUGAAAUGUAUAAACCAGCCGAGCAAUAAACCUGAUUCUGAUUUUAUGUAACUUAAAUUCUCUAAAUGAAAAUCAUUUUCUAUCAACAACACAUUAAUCAGAUGGACUGAUUCAAUAAAUGAGUAACACGGAAUCAUGUUGACUUGAGUUCGGCGUCAGGAGACAAGACUGCAGACAGAAUCAAGUUCAGUCAAUUUUUCAUUUCUAGGAAAUCUCAGAAAUAAAACUUAAAUUCUAAGACCAAUAAAAGGUACCAACUCCCCCAGGAGAUACAGCUGAUUUUCAGCCUAGCCUUCAUCCUUCCUCUAUCAGAGCCUCUCUUUCUUUUCUUGCACACUCACUGUAAUCCCCUUCUGGGAACACUAAAAAUUACUCAGCAGUGCGGUGGCGGCAAGUUUUUAUACCAGUUUUUAGAGGCUUACCUCGGGUCUUACGAGCUGCCGUCAGAACAAGGUGUCGGCAGGAUGCCUCUCUGAUAAGGUCGUAACGUGAGGUGUAAAGUUAUAGGAGGGAUUUGAGGAAGUGAGAGGCUGUCAGGGAGCAGCAGUCAGGGGUUUCUGUGGUGCGCUAAACAGGGACGGAGCAUCAGAUCAAGAGGUUACUUCUGAUAUCCAAUUAAUCCCAAGUCUACAUCUCAUAUUUCAUCUGAUCUGAUGCGUUUGGUUUCUGUUUUGACUUCUUCGCCACUGUGUAGCCCCCCCUUUUUUUAUCAGAAUUACAAGUUUCCACACUGACUGCCUUUUCUUUCAACUCACACCAAAAUAGAAAGCUGAUAGUGGAAUUAGGCAUCACAUGACUUUGUGCAAUAAAAAUUAGUCUCCUCCAUAAAGUUGAAUUAUAGACAGCUUCCAAGUCAAAACACGUGGGCAAAACCAGUUUUACAGUGGCUAAUAUUAGCAGAGUCUCGAAACCCCGGCUCUUCAAAUCAGGCGCAGUCGCAUGCAUGGCAGAGGGGACAGAGCGGAUUAACCCUGAACUCUUUCAUUUUUCACUUCCCCCUGUUCUCCUCCUCUCUCUCUCUCUCUCUCUCUCUCUCUCUCUCUCUCUCUGUGGCUCAUAAAAGAUUGCGUCCUGUGUGUGAUGUGGCGGAGAAGUGCAGUCAGAAUGAACUGAUUACGGAUGAGGGCCGGCGUGCCUUUGAGUCAUGGCACCAAACGACAUUCCUCCACACUUAAAAUAGUAACAGUUGGCGUUUUUUCAGGUUUGUUUUUCUCAUUGGAGGACUUUGGGGCAUCCUCUGGUGGCUUUUUUGAGACUCCAAUCAUAACCAGAUUCUUUUUUUUCUUCCUUCUCUUCAGCCCCCUCCCUCCUCUUUUCUUUCAUUUUCUUACUAUAGGAGUUUGUUUAAUCUUGUGAAGAAAAUUGGCUCAGCGUGGGAAAGGCAGAAAUCUUUCAGGGAUGGGUUGUGUUGUUUUUUUAGAGUUGUGCGCAUGCAUUUUUUUUUUUUUAAAGCGCAGGGAGAAAAAGUGCCAGUUUGUGCCAAAACCUCAUGAAGCACAGAUAAAAAGGGGCUGAGUGAGAGGGAGGCCACAACACCGCGACAAAGAUAUGGGCUGUCUAAGCAAAGAGCUUUACAAAUGACGAUCUCCAGGGGGAAAAAAGGGGGGAAACAGAAUAAGGGAGGAAAGGGAGUGGAAGAGGAGGAGAGAGAAGAAGAGGAGAAACAAAUGUAGAUGGAUUGGUGGGAGGAGGAGGAGGAGGAGGAGGAGGAAGAGGAUGGGUAUUGGGGGGGAAUAACGCUGAGCAGUGAGGAGGGGGAGCAGAUGAGUGGGGGAAACAUUCCCCCUUGCCCACAUUAAAGACAUAAAAAAGAAAACAAACAGAAAAACAUGUCUGACAUAAAGAGACUGGUUUCCGCGGCGACAGCACAAUGGCUGCCUGUGGCUCUCGGGGCCCUCGCCGUCCCGUCUGGGGCCCGGCACCAGCGAAAGUCACCGCAGUCACAGGGCCCAUCAGCGUGUGUAUGCCUGUGUGUGUGUGUGAAACAUGGUGAAUGUCAUCAUGGGCCUAGUACUGUGGGAACGGCCAUGAAAGGGACCCCACUCGGAAGCCACAAAAGUUCCUUUCUGCUUCUUCUCUCCGGCUUUUAGCCUCUUUAUUUAUCUGUGUGGAGGGGAGCCGGAUGAGGAGGGAGGCUCUCUCUCUCUCUCUCUGUUCCGUCGAUAUGUCUCUCACUCUCUGACAGGCAGCAUGACCCAUCACUGCAGCCCUCCUGCCCUCUCCACACCUCAAAUCACAGCAGCCAAUAUCUCAAACAUAUAUACUGACUGUGUCUAACCCUGCGCCUCCUGUUUCACUGGAGGGUUUAUUCACACCUCAUAUCAGCUCAAUCAGAUCAUUAAAAACACAAUGCAGCUCUCUGGAGACAGCCUAUAGGAACAAAGCCAGCAGUCUCAGGAAUGUCUCCUGUUUCCAGGUUAUUCUGAGUAAAUCGUGGAGAUGCCCCGACACACAGACAGACAGUGCUGCAAGUCCCAGGCAUUCCUUAUGUGUCUGAAGGGAAGAUAAUUCCCUCAUGGGUCCGGCCCGGACAGUGCCAAGCUGCUCUAGUGCCAGUUCCCAUGCCAAUCCAAUCCCGACCCGAGUGACUGAGCGCCCAGCCACAGGCUGACGACCAGAAAAGACUCAUACCAGUAAGAAAUCAACUGAAUUUUUUGGGUGGAAGUCAAGAGCACUUGCACACAGCCGGGCAACAUGCAGCUUCUUUGACCACAGUUGGCCUUUUAUAGACUCUCUGCAGGAGUGACGGACAGUGAACAAACAUCUGAUUGUGACUUAUGCUGCUUGAUAACUUUAGAGGAGUUAUUUUUGGGUGGAUAAAAAUUGGCUCUCAAUUUGUCACAGUUAUGAAAAGGAAAAGAAAAAAAAACAAAAAUAAUAAAUAUAUUACCUUAAAUCAAAGAAACGGGAAUUGACAGACAUGAAUAAAAGGUUUUCUUUCAAAUGCCUUUACGUGCAUGAAUGUGUAUGUGAAGGGGAGAAUGUGGAAGCUGUCUUAAAGUGUUUUGAAAGGUUUAAGAGUGGCAACAAAAGGGUGAUAGCUUCAACAUGAAUGUCUUCACACACUACAUGGAAAAAGGCGUACGUACCUCAUUUGUCUGAUCUGCACAGCUGUAGAAACAUGGCGAUGCAAGAUGUCCUCCUCUGCAUAAGUUAGCCCACUAACUUAGCGUAAAUUUGAGUCAUGGUCAAACACAACGUUACACCGAGUUAGACACCCCCUCAAGAGAUGAAUGUUGCCGACUGAUCUCUUCUCUAGUUAUACCAACUUUAGUAACGACCGCACGAGUCGAUCACAGAGUGCAGCGAAGUUUCGCAGUUCAAGGAAGAACAUUUAUGAUUAUUACUUCAUGGAAAUGCAAUCAGACCGAGACGCUAAGGCAGACGAACUACUAAAGUACUAUGUGCUGGGACCCUAUAUGUUCUGUUGAUGAAGUCGGGUGCUGUUCUGAGCAUUAUUUGUGGCUAUAGAGUGGCGUUUUGGUUGAGGUUUUGCAUGUGGCGACUUAGACCGCUGUGUAUUGCUAUCGUGUGGUCGUUGCUUAAAUUGGUAUAAUAAGAGAAGCAAGUGGUCGGCAACAUUCAUCUCUUGAGGGAGUAUCUAACUCAGUGUUACAGUGUGUUUGACCAUAACUUAAAUUUUUGCCGAAAUGUCCCUUUAAAGGUUUGAUUAUUAAGAAAAAACAUGAUAUUAGCCUUUUUUCACUCUGUUAAGUGUACAUUAAUAAAAUUGUAAAUAUUAUUGUCACAUCCCAUUUCUACCAAGCCUGUUCUGCUAAUUGCCUCUAAACACUGAACACUACAUCUUUAAUCUUUACUGCACGGUGGGCAUUAGUCGAAGCAAUAAACAGCACAACUGCUGAAAGAGCCUUCAAGAAUUCAGUGUAUGUGUAUGUGAGACUUAAAAAAAAUGUACCAUGCUAGUACAAUACAAUUGAAUUAUAAAUACUUCACUACAGCAGUUUCAGGACUCUGUAUUUGUACACACGGAUACAGCAUUUACCUGCUUGGUCCAACUUUUAUUUUAUUUUAUUUUUUAGUUUAAAGGCUGAUCUUCUGAUCUUUCAGUGUGUGCAUGAUAAAAACUCUGCCAUAACCAGAGCACUACAAUACAAAUUAUAUUCAAGCACAAAACAAAAAAAAAAUAUUGACAAAAUACAGUUUCUUUUUCCUGGCAGUCUGUCAGCUGGGCCUGUUUUUGAACAAACAGUUGCGUAAAUGAUCUUGGUCAGAAACUACGUUUUCAGCUCUUCCUAACAACACAAGAAUGCAGGUCACAUUCCUCAUAUUGAAGUAUCUUUGUUUCAGAAAAAAAAGAGUAUUGUUAAAAGGGAGUUUUCUAUGUUUUUUUUCUGUUGCUAAAAAACAGAGAGCAGACGAUCAAAGGCGACCACGCAGUGAGACAUAUCUGAUCAGUUAUUCCGUUUGACACAAAUGCAGUGAGAGUCACAAACAAAAUGUCCUGCUGAGCUGGUUCCAUCUCACAGACUUUCAAACAAUAGCAAUAGUCAUGCAUCAGAUGGAAUAAUUGCAGCCGAGUGUUUGUUCCUUAUAAAUUGUGGGUAUACACUGUCCACAUUCAUGUGAAGGGAUUGCGUGUGUUCUUGUAUGAAUCUGCUUGCGUCCCAUGUGUGCGUUAUGUCCCUGAGCCUUCACACGUUCAUACUCAGGCUGCGCAUGUGUGCGUGUGUGUGCAAAUUGUAAAAGUAUGAGCUUGUUAAUUUCAAUAAGGGACGCUGCCUUGUUGUGGUUUGGAGGGAUGGGAGGGAGAGGACUUGAAGUGGCCGACCAAGAUCGCCAGAAAUCUCCCAGAAUUCCAUCCCACCAACCAGUGCCAGCUUUCUCUCUCUUAUGUUUCUUACCCGUAUGUUUUUCUCCAUCGCCCUCCCUCUACACCCCUAACUUAAAAGCAUUUUCAUAAUUAUCUCAUUUAUUUAUUCAUUCAUCUUCUUAAUUACUUUCCACUUUGAGCAUGCAACUCGCCUCAUGCUGGAACAACUGGGGAGUGUGUCAGAAACAGUGAGUGACAGCGGAGUGAUUUCAUUUACAAAAAAUGUUGAUAAAGAGAGAGAGAGAAAGUUGUUCCUUAAAGAAGAGGAGGGUGCGCGGCUGAUAAAAAUAACAACAGCGGAGAAAGCGGACUUCAUAGAUUUCCCAUUUCUAUAAGACUCUGUUUUUUUUCUGUUUUCUGAUGUUUAAAUCAGAUCCAGAUCUGAAUUAAGGAAUGAUGGGUAAUGAAAGAAUAUGUAGACAGGGGGGGUUGUUUGGAGGGAAAAAAAAAGGGAUUUCUCUUUUCUGUUUGUCCUGACUCAUACUCACCACACUAUAAUCCCCCCUGGUGAUGGUCACACUGAUUACUGACACUUGGAUGUUGCAAACACACGCACAUGCACAUGUUUCAAGUUAGAUUUUUUUUACUUUACACGUAUGAUACAAUAAAAUGCAGGCAGAUUCAGGGCUUGGUUAAAUUCAAUGCAAGUGAAAUAAACAGAAAAACAAAGGCUGUUGGAAGACUUCAUCUUUAAGGAUAAAAAAGAAAAAAGAAACAUCUGGAGAGAGAGGGAGAAAUUGAUCAGGAUACACCAAAUUUGAUUUAGGAACAGCUUGUUGCAACUUAAAGGAUCAAAAUAUGCUCAAAAAGGACACUUUACUUCCAAAAACAACCAGCGCUCAUGCAUUGUAGUGUGUUUAAACUUACACGCCCUUCCAGUCUGCCAGGCAGGAAGAGACACACUCAGCUGGGCAUUGUGUGGAAGGGGGCAUGCCACUUGGCCUCUCUCCGCCUUUCACACAAACAUAUGCACACACUGCUCGGUUAGGCAGGCAUCGCUCUAACAACGGGCGCCUGGGCUUCUCGUUUCCAUGGCAAUCUGCACCAGCAAUCUUCCCACGGUGGUAGCGGAACUGAGCGCUAAGUGUAGCAAGGAACUGAGUGUGUGCGCAGUGAGUGAGUGAGUGAGUGAGUGCACAAAGAGCGUUAUCUUGUCCAGUGAAGAGCCCAGAUGUUCAGACACUCACUGGGCUGAUUCCUCUCUUGACCCCUCAGUACCUGCCCUUGUGUCCUUACACCAACACACAGCAAGGAACAGUUUUGAUAAGGUUUGACUGACAAAGACUGACAAAAAAGACUGACAAAAUGACUGAAUCAACCAACUUUCCAGCUUCCAGGUGAGUGUUGACAAAGUGUAUGUAUUAUGUUUUCUCCUAAUGUUCUCCAAAGUUCUCACAGAGAGCUGUUCAGAAAAUCCUGAAAACACGCCUGGGCAUAACACCAUCAUCUGUGUAUCUUAUGUUUAGAAACUUAAAAAGAUUUAGUACAGACGUGUGAAAUUAUGUGUAUGACAAUGUUUCAACAAAAAAGGUUUUCUUUGAAGAUAAAUGGAUGAGUUUUCACAGGCAGCCGUAGAGCCGACUGUACGUCUCUCAAAGUCAUUUAUUAAAACUUGAUCAAUAACACCAUUCUCCAAAGUCAGCUGCAUGAUGAUGUGGGAGUCACGCUUUAUGCACUGUCACACACUCACUUUUCACACUCCAUCAUUCCCACACUCCUCACCUCUCUCCUCCCCUCCCUCUGGCUUGCCAUUGUUCUGCAGCACAGAGUAAUUAAAGGAGGAGAAGAGAAAGAAAGGAGGAUAGAGAGAAAGGAAGGAAGGAGAGCGGGAUGAGAGUGCAGGCUAAUUGACUGAGGAUGACUGAGCAAACGGGGUGGAAAGAUGGGCCUAAAGGGGGGUGUAGAUAGGAAAGGGUGACAAGCCAGGGAAGGCCAGAUUAAAGGGAGGGAGGAGGGACAGGGAGAAGAGGCGGGGGAGCCAAAACUGGCAACCCUGCCCCAACUGCCAAAGUCCUAUUUUGUCAUUGGGUGGCUGUGACAGAGAGAGGCAGCCAAGAGAGAGAGAAAUAACAGAGAGAGAGAGAGACAGAGAGAGAGAGAGUGAGAGAGAGUGACUAGGAUCGGAUGCCAGUGAUAGAGUAAAAGACUAAAGCAGCUUGUGAAUUUUCUUAGUUGCCAUGGACCCUUGGGGGUCGAUCAAGUGGUGCUGCUGACUCACAGAGGAAAAGACACAUGAAGAAACAACAAGUGACAAGAAGUAACUAAGGACAACAAGGCUUUUAUAAGUAACAGCGCAGAGGGACAGAGUGAGGGGCACACAGGGACAGAGACAGUCUGCAGUGUGUUACCUCAACUCACCAGAGAAAGCGGCGGACGAGAUCAGUCAAAAGCCAUCAGGCCAAUCGUCUAUCCAUCCAACCGACCGACCGACCGUCAGUCCAGCCAGUGAGGAAGGAGCCGAGCCAUGAAGAGACCUCACGACUACAGCUCUCCUGACUCGGACACAGACGAGUUCAUUGACGUGGGGCAAGAAGACGGCUUCUGGUGAGCAUCCUCCAACAACAUCUGAGUUUGUGUUACACUUCUCCUGAUCUCAGCUUAAAACAGAAUGAACUGGUUUACAGCUGAGACUGAAACUGGAGGCUAAACUGUCUUAAAGAUGUCAGAAAAACUUUUAAACAUUUUACACUUUAAGUUAUGAAAUUCAGGUUGUAUGCAAGAUUGUAGGAAAAGAAGCAGACUUAUGAAGUAAAAUUAAAAAAACAUGUCAUUUAAAAUUUUUUUUAAUUUAAUCAAAAAUAUUUUUUUAACUGUAUGUUUGACAACCUUUGAGCAAAACUCAAGCUGUCAAGAGGAAAUUGAGCUCCAGGCCUUCAGAAGCAAACCCCGUUAGUCACAGAAAUGAAUUGCAUUUCUUCUCUAUCUUUGAAUUUGUGUUAUUUGCUCAUUAUUUUAAUUGUUUGUCAGUGCAGAUGUUAUUUUAUGUUAUUGCACACAGAGUGCAUAAAACUGCUGAAACGUUAAGAAUGACAAGGCCUGGUAUGUCUGAAGCAUGGACUCAGAGUAGAAUUUAAAAAACUCAGUUUAGUUUAAGAAACACCUUUUGAUCUAAAAAUGUUUUUUAUAGUCUUAUGUACAAAGAUAAAUAUUUUUCUAUUAUUUUUUAUGUAUUUUUUACAAUGCUGCAAUAAGUUUUAAAUUCUUUGACAGUCCAGCUGAAAAAAAAUCUGAACUGUCAAAGAACGAAAAAGAGAAAUAAUUAUUAGGAUUUUACACAGUGAGUAAACACUUUUUAUUUCACACUUUAGUUCACUUUGGUUCUUCUUUUUACUCUAGAAAUAUUAUUAAUCUGCCAUUAGAAGUUUUGAGAAGUUAAAACCAUUUUUUUACUUUUCAUCUCUCCUGUAAUCAGAGUAUCAUUUUUAGUUUGUCUGUCAUAUGCAUGUUGUAGAAUAUAAGCACAGACAGAGAUUUUUAAAAACUAGUAAAAUACUGUUCAAAAACCGUGUUGAAGUUUUUGAAUAUUUGGGGAUAUAUUAAUCAAACUUUUCUGGAAAAACCUGAUUUCAGUUCCAAAUCCUGGAGGCUGUUUUACUGCAGUUCAUCACGUUGAACAUGUUGCAUGUGAAAAUGUCUGAAAAGCAUUAGAAAGACUCGAACACAGCACACUCUUUACGUGUCAUCCCUCCAUUUUGCACUUAAGCUGAGUUAGUCACAUCCCUGUUCUGGAUUUGUAAAAAUGUUGAUUAAAGGGAAUAGAAAUAAGAGUGUUUUUGUAACAGCGCAUCUCCAGCGUACAAAAACACAUUCAAAGCAGUGCUGGUUACAUCACAGCCUCUAAACAAGCCAGUAACACUAAAGACGGUUUGGAUAAAUCAAAUUGCUGUGAGACACGCAACCAGAAGACAGUGCCGCCUUUUCAUGUCAGCCUCAUCAAACAUAAACCUAAACAAAAACACACAGCUAAACUGGCAGCCUUCAUGUUCAAAUCUAAUAGAAAGUCAAUAAGUCUCUGGUGGGGCAGUUUGAAGGGAACUCUGAGCUGUCAGGCUCUUUCAGGACUGUAAGAUGAGCGUUCACAAACAAACACAAUCCAUAUUGAGUGACUGUACUCGGAGAAGCUCAGAUCCCAAGCUGCAUGUUGGAGCCCCAUGCGAGCGAAGGCAUCGCCCUAAGGCUAUAUAAUCAUCUUUCUAAAAGUGCUUUCACUCACAUGGAAAGAAGAACAGCAUGUCAUUUUACUGAAACUAAUGUCCAGAAACGCAUUAAACCAAAAACAAUCUCAUCUUCCCUCCUCUCCCGGGCACUCCUCUGCCUUUCUCUGCCCAAAAAACAAAUUAGAUUGAAGGGAGCUGAUGUGCCAUCCCGCCUCUGUGUCAUAUUAAGGAGGGUAAUAAUAACAAUAUGCAGGAGAAUCAAAGCUACCAUGUUUCCCUCUGUGCCAAUGUCUCAUCUCUCUGUUUCUCUCUCUCUCUCUGUGUCUCCAUGGUGCAGCCCAGUCACCGGGUCCAUGUCUCCUGGCAGCGCCUCGCAGAUUCUGGCCCGAAAGAAGAGAAGAGGGGUGAGUAGAUUAUAGCCUUGGAUCCUAAUCUUUCUAGUCCUGUCGUUUUUGUUGGCCCUGACCGUCCUUCUGCUCCUCUCACUGUGUAGAUCAUAGAGAAGAGGCGCAGAGACCGCAUCAAUCAUAGCCUGUCUGAGCUCAGGAGGCUGGUGCCCAGUGCUUUUGAGAAGCAGGUAAGAGCUCAGGAGUGAAGAAUUAAAAAAAUUACAAUUUCAGUGACAAAAGGGUUUCAUCUUAUUGAACAUACUGUAAGUUAGAGUGCUGGUAAAACUCAGUUUGUGGGACAGGGGUUGCAGUCCUGCUUGCACUUGUAGGAUUAACACCUGGUCCUCCAUGGUGCAUGGAAUUUCCCCCUCUUUUUUCUACAUUUCCUGUCUCUCUGUCCUAUCAAAAUAAAAGCAUAAUGCCUGAAAUAUAAUCUUUAAUAAAUAGAAAAAUUCUGAAUGAAACAGAGUACAUUCUUAAUGGAUGCCUUAAUGUAAAGAAGCAAACUAUAGCCUAUAUUAUUUUGAAAAUAUACUUUUUUUUUUUUUUUUUUUUACAACGAUACGCAACAAUAUGACUUGCUGCUAUGACCAAAAAUACUUUUCUAUGUAUUUAAAAGCUAAAAUCCAUUGAAAGUGGUAUCUUUGACAGGCAAAAGAGACUAUUUUUUUGAAAAUCAGGAAAGAGAUGAGACUUAAAGGUCACAAAACCGCCACUGAUAUGAGUUUGUGCAGCUGAUUUCAGAGAUAUUUUCCCCUUUGUUCUCUGCAGGGGUCCUCUAAGCUAGAAAAAGCAGAAAUUCUGCAGAUGACUGUGGACCACCUCAAACUCCUGCAUGCCAUGGGAGGGAAAGGUAAGAGCUCUGAUCUUUGUGUUUUGAGAAAAUGAUCAUAUUACCCGUCAUCUAAUUUCUGUAGAGCAUGGUUUGCUAAAUGAAACCCUUCAUAAUAUGUCUAAAACCUUACAUAAAGUAGACUUUACACUUGAUUAAAAAAUAGAAAAAAUUGAGUUCUCCUCUGGAUAGAGCAGACUUCCUGAGGUGUUGAACAAGGAUGUUCUUGCUGUUGCUGCCAUGCAUUACUCGGCCUGUUAUUUUGCUUCAAAAUGUCUGCCUCAUGUCGGUCUUCUUACCUUUUUUUAUUUACUAAAAAGUGUUUUAUAAAUCUUUAAUAUCCACCCAUUUGACCCUUUGACCUCUCUGGACUCUUAUAAAUCGAUACAGUUUUAAAGUUCUGAUACUUUGGGAAAAUUUUAUCUCACAGCAUCAAGUCUAUUCUUUCAACACAGUGUAUUUCACGGCUGAUAUUAGGUAUGUAACUAAGACCCUUCUCUCUCUACCUCUCUUUUUUAGGUUAUUUUGAUGCAAGGGCUCUGGCAGUCGACUACAGGACCCUGGGAUUCAGGGAGUGUGUUGGAGAAGUGGUGCGGUAUCUCAGCUCCCUUGACGGGGACUCUCCAGACCCAAUAGGAGCCCGCCUUGUCUCCCACCUCUCCCACUGCGCAAGUGAGCUAGACCCUCUCCUCCUGCAGUCCCCGCCAGCUUCUGCUCUGCCCUUCCCUCCUUGGCCAUGGGCAUCCUUCCCUCAGAUCUCCCCUGCCUCACCCGUCUCCCCCUCGCCUGCUUUCCCUGCCGGGCGAAGGGACCUAGCUCUUCUGGGGAGCUACCCAUCACCCGCCUCUCUCCGCCUAACCCCUCUGGCCGGCUGCCCACAGGGCGCACCACCGCUCCUUGCACCCACAGCUCUGGCCACAGUCCACAGGAUGCCCUCACUGGCAGCGUCUACAACCCUGGCCCCCUCCAGACCCGCACAACCCUCUCCUCACAGUGCAACCAGGGCCUCACCUCUUCCAAUUCCCACCCCUUCCUCUUCCUCCUCCUCUUCUUCAACCUCUUCCUCAUCUACUACAUCAUCCUCCGCCCCUCAGCAGGUCUCCUUCAGACCUUUUGCACCUCUGGGGUCUCCCACAGCCCAGCGCAGGGGCUUGAGCGGAUCAGCCAAGUCAGCCCAAGGAUGGGGGACAGAGAUCGGAGCUUUUUGAGCGCAAACUCUGAUUUCCUUUUUUAUUCUAUUUUGUUUUGACAAUGAACUCUGUAGAGUGGACAUGAAGCUCCUACCUGCGCCGUGUAGCAGACAUGAUACUUUGGAGAGAAAAAAGUUUAACUUUGAUGAUUGUCUCUGCUUUGUGAGGGACUUUAAAAAGCCAUAUCAAACUGUGUGUGAAGUAUAUGAUAUUCACAAUCAAUCGUGUGUAAUGGAAAUAUGAAGGACAGUGAGGGAAUACGAUUUAAUCAAAUGACAUCCAUGAUUUUGCUUGAUAUAUUAUAGCAUCCACAGAGCCAUAUAAACAAGCCUCAACAGAUGGACGUUGAGAGUUUUUACUGAUCUUUAACUGUGAUGUUUUUUUGUGACACAUUUAUACUUUUGAUUUCAUUUUCCACUUUUGAAGAAUGUUUGAGAAAAACCUCUAUAAAGACAAAGUGCCUUGACCUUUGCUAAUGAUU